UUCUUUCAAUUCAUCAAGCCUUGUUAUUUUUACGUGUUCUAUCUCCCAGCCUUUUUUGCAUCUAUAUAUACGUAUAUAUGCCGCGCGUCUCUUGUCUGCUCCUAUCUCUCGGAGCAAAUGGCGAAGUGUAUUUUAUCAAGACUAUUCUCUUGCGCCAGUCCCAGCGACAUCAACGGCGGUAAUAGAGAGGUCAGCACUUCGCCGCGGCACAACUUUUCUUGCAGUCUGAUGGAGGAGAACGUAGCUUUUGCCGAGUCUAUCAUUGCCAAAUGGGAUUCCGACUCCUCCAACUAUUCGAAGCUCACCUCUCUCUUCGCCGCCCACAACGGCGAAGCCUCCCGCUUCCUCCGCGCCCUCACAGACCUCCGACGCGCCCUGCUUUUCUUUUCCUCUUCUGAUUGCCCAGAUUCGUUCUCUAUCCGAGACCAAUCUCUCAUUCGCGCCCAAAAGCUCAUGCAGACCGCCAUGCGCCGCCUCGAGAAGGAGUUCCACCACAUCCUUUCUACCAAUCGUCAACAUAUCGAUUCCGUUAGCCGCUCCUCCUCAUCCUCAUCCUCGUCCUCUGACGAAGACGAUGUCCAUCUCUCCACAUCUGACACCAUCGCUGACCUUCGCUCCAUCGCUGAAUCAAUGAUGGCUAACGGUUAUGGCAUGGAGUGCAUCCGGAUCUACAAGCUCUUACGCAAAUCGAUCCUCGAGGAAGCCCUAUUCCUCCUCGGAUUCGACGUCCACAUUCCUUUUUCCAACAUCCACAAGAUCGAUUGGCCGGUCCUUGAUCUCAAGAUCAAAUCUUGGCUUGCUGCCGCUCGGAUCUCGUUCACCUCCCACUUCGCCGCGGAGCGCCUUCUUUGUAACCAUGUCUUUGAUCACUCGACCUCCGACGACAUCGAUCUAACCGAGUCUUGCUUCGCCGAUGUCACAAGUGCCGCCGCCCUCCAGUUUCUCUCCUUCCCUGAAUCCAUCGCUAAAACAAAACCCUCCCGUGAAAAGCUUUUCAGCAUUCUUGAACUUCACCAGACGCUUUAUGAUCUUUAUCCUAAUAUCGAAUCUACUUUUUCUUACGAAUCCACGGCAGCCGUAAAAGAAAAGGCGCUCGAAGCACUCCAAACCCUAGCAGAUGCCGCCCGUGAUUCGCUCGCGGAGUUCGAGCUCGCAGUUCAGAAAGAAUCAUCGAAGAUUCCUGUUCCCGGUGGCGGCGUUCACCCUCUCAUCCGGAACUCGAUGAACUACCUUGUCUCCCUUGUUGAUCACGUGCCGACUCUCAUCAAUGUUUAUGCUGGUAUUCCCUUCCGCCCGCCUGAACCUCUGCCAGAGAUGUCCGCACCUUGCCCAUCGACAAUUGUUCCGUCGUCAGUAUCGGAGAGGGUCGCAUGGCUGCUGCUCGUCAUUCUUUGCAAGCUGGAUCACAAGGCCGAGUUCUACAAGGAGGUGUCCUUCUCCUACCUCUUCUUGGCGAACAAUGUCCAGUAUGUUGUAAACGAAGUGAAGGGAAGCGGGCUGAGCAUGGUUUUAGGAGCGAGGUGGGUGGACAGGCAUGAGAAGACGGCGAGGCGAUAUUUAGAAAGAUAUGUGAGGUAUGGUUGGGCAAAGGCGGCGGCUGCGUUUGAAGAGGCUGCGGUAGGGCAAGAGCCGGCAGUGGUGGAGGAUGAGAGGAUGAGGGAGGAGGUGAAGGUUGAGGUGGAGGGAAUGAUUUUGCCGGCGUACGGGGGGUUAUAUGAAAGUCUGACGGCCGCGCACGGCGGAGGGGUGAUGGAAGGUGCGGCGGUUCGCUUCUCGCCAGAGGAUUUACGAGAUCGGAUCGAGCAGGUGUUUGUCGAACCGAACGGUGAAUAUUUGGCAGGUUCGUUGAACAGGUCAUGCUCUUAAAUUUUAUAUUAUUGGGUAAGGGAAGUUUACAGAAAUGGAUUUCU